AUGUUCCUUGACAAAAAUGGCCUGCUGUACCUCUUUUCUGCUGCGCUAGCAAGCAUCUUUGUGUGGGAUGUGCAAGAACAAGAGUAUCGGGCCACAAUUCCUCUGAUCGAAGAAGAUGUCCGGUUCGCUGCCUACUCACCCGACAAUCAUGAAAUCUAUACCUUUUCGGCAAGUCCCGAAGGGGCGAAUCCAACUGAUGGGCCCUCAGCUGGAACUGGUCUUAUUCGGAGAAUCGAUCUAGCUGCAGGUCCCCCGUAUUCGCAAGAUCCACUUGCGAUCAUUCCCGGUCUUCCCGACGGAAUGGUCACAGCAGGCGAGUUCAUUUUUGUCAGCUUUGCGUGGCCCUGGGACGAGGGUGCUGUGCUCGCCUCAAAUGGAACACUCCUUUCGCAAGGAGGUGUGGGCCAUCUUACUUCAGAUGAAUACGUCUGGAACCACGCCAAUCGCAAAAUCUCCUUCAUAUCCAGGUUUGGGAACUUUGACGAUAUCGGUAUCUCUGAGGUGGGCUUCAUUGAGGAAUCACUGAGAAUCAUUCCUGACUCGUCUCCACCAAUUCGUGUCAAGCCUGAUGGGAGUUUUGCUGUGUUGGGUUCCGGAGCCAUGAUUGAUACCAUCAACAAACGUCGGCUGAGUACAACUCUUGCAAAUGGGUUUUCUGACUUGGUGUUUCUUGGAGAUGAUUUGCGCACAAUGCGCUCCUUUGGGAAUGGGGUGACACAGUUCCAGAGUUGGGUGGACAACUCUGGCUCGUUUGAUGCUGAACCCUCAUUCGAGUUGCAAGAGAAUCCCACUCGACAAGUUGCAGGCUCCCCACUCAGAUUGUUUUCGUGGGUCGAUGGCGACACGUUGGUGGCAGUUGUGAUGGAAGAUGAGAAACCAACGUUUCAAGUCAUGGACCAUGAAUUCAACGAUGUGGAUCGAGAGUCAUCGCUCGUAGGAAGGAACGGGGACGAACUUGAAAAUCCCUAG